AGGAUUCCGGACGCACGGGGUAGCGGUGGUGGCCGGGGUCUCUAACAGCUGUCCCCAGGCGCUAGGCGCCAUGAGAGGCCUGGGGCACGGCCUGUCAGCUCAAAGGUUCCUGCGGCUGCGGCUCCGGUCCCAGCUUCCGACCCGGCCCCGGCCGCGGCAGCUUGGGGCCCCUGGGGCGACCCUGGAACGGGCAAUGGAUGAACUGCUGGGCCGCACCGUGCCGCAGGCCCCUGCCUAUGAGCUCCGGGACAAGACGCCGGCACCGGCCGAGGGUCAGUGCUCUGACUUCGUGCGUUUCUACGACAGCCUGGAAGGCGCGAGCCAGCGGGCCGAGCUGCUGAGCCGCUUGGCGCGGGGCUUCGGCGUGGACCACGGGCAGGUGGCGGAGCACAGCGCGGGCGUGCUGCGCCUAGGGGCGGCGGUGGGGGUCGCGACCCCGGGGCCCCCGCAGGGGUCAGCGCCGAGCAUCUCCUCGCUGCCCGCACCCACCCCGCGGGAGCCCGGCGCCCUCCUGCAGGCGGAGGACCGGCUCCGCUACGCGCUCGUGCCGCGCUACCGAAGCCUCUUCCAGCACAUCAGCAAGCUGGAGGGCGGAGUGUGCUUCCUGGUCCGGCUGCGUGCGGAUCUGCUGGAGGCGCAGGCCCUGAAGAUAGCCGAGGGGCCGCACGUCCGGGAAAUGAAUGGAGUGCUGAAGAACAUGCUCUCAGAUUGGUUUUCUACAGGAUUUUUAAACCUGGAGCGUGUUACAUGGCACUCACCUUGUGAAGUACUACAAAAAAUCAGUGAGUCUGAGGCUGUACAUCCUGUCAAAAAUUGGAUGGACAUGAAGCGACGUGUUAGUUCAUACAGAAGAUGUUAUUUUUUUUCUCACUGUUCAACACCUGGGGAACCACUGAUAGUUUUGCAUGUGGCAUUAACCAGUGAGAUUUCCAGCAAUAUCCAGGCAAUAGUGAAAGAGUUUUCUCCACCAGAAGUAGAAGACAAAAACAAAAUUGUCACUGCAAUUUUCUAUUCUAUCAGUUUGACCCAGCAAGGCCUACAAGGUAUUGAGUUGGGAAGUUUCCUUGUAAAACGAGUUGUUAAGGAACUGCAGAAGGAAUUUCCUCACCUUGAAACUUUUUCAAGUCUCUCACCUAUACCUGGAUUCACCAAAUGGCUUCUUGGAACACUGAGUUCUCAAACUAAGGAACUUGGGAGAAAUGAACUCUUUACAGAUUCUGAAAGUAAUGAAAUCUCAGAUAUCAUAGGUGGCCCCAUUAGUGAAACUUUGAAGAUACUUUUAACUAGCAAUGAAUGGGUGAAAUCUGAAAAACUUGUCAAGGUGUUACAAUCCCCUUUGAUGAGACUCUGUGCUUGGUAUUUGUAUGGAGAAAAGCAUCGUGGUUAUGCCCUCAACCCAGUGGCAAACUUUCAUCUGCAGAAUGGGGCAGUGAUGUGGCGGAUCAAUUGGUUGGCAGAUUUGAGCCUCAAAGGCACUACUUCAUCCUGUGGGAUGAUGGUCAAUUAUCGAUAUUUCUUAGAGGAAACUGGUGUGAACAGUGCUGCCUACUUGGGAGCCAAGAAUAUCAAAGCCUCUGAGCAAGUUCUAAAUUUAGUUUCUCAAUUUCAGAGACUUAGCAAGCUUUAACCAGACACUUCUUGAAUUGGAGGUAUUUUUUUUUCAAAGCAGGAAGUAAUUGUGGUGUCUUAAGUCUCAAAGGAAUCCUUUGUACUGAAACAAACUGAACUGUGUUCUUUUCCAAACAGUGGACUUAUCAUGACAGAUUUUGUGACCUAAUUUACGGUAAUUUUAUUUCUUUGCAGUAGCAAAUAAAUAAUCUUUGCAGUCUAGCUGUCAGGCUGAUGAAUAUACAGAUAAACUAUGCACAAGCUUACAGAGGGAAGGAAGAAGUUUGGUGUACCUAUAUAUUUAACCAAAGAAAUUACUAGUCAUCAUUAGCAUGUAUGUAAUAGCCUUCACCCCUUUAUUCAUCCUCAGUAUCAGUGCCUUUGUCUGAACAUCACCUUCAAAAGGAUGUGAAAAUUUUUCAACAUGCAUCUUCAGUUUUGGAUCGAUAAGUACCAUGACAAUCCAAAAAAGGAGUCUGGAUGAAGACACCUUUUUUCUUCCUAUCAUACAAGUAAAUUCACAUCAUGUAGAAUUGUGUUCACUAAGCCUGUUGGGAAAAAAAAAAAACAUACAUGUGAGUCCUUUUUUUUUUUUUCAAUGUCAUUCUUUCCACUCACUUGAAGUGUUAAUACUGGUUAAAGGAUUGAAUGCAAAAACAUUCUCCAUUUUACAAGCUGAAUUUUGAAGGCCAUGCAUGUGUGAAAUGGGUGGUUUUUAGCUUGCUGGCAAAAAUGGAAAUAAUCGAGUACUGUAAAUUCAGUCAUUUACUAUGAACAAAAAAUGAACAGAAUUGCUACUGGGGUAUAAGUUGAUCAUUUUAAAGGAUAUAUUGGGAAACUUUGAGAAAUUUUGUAAGAGGGUGUGUGAACUCAUACCAUGAGUUCAUUGGUAAAUAGCAAGUUUGUUCUAUAAAGUAUUAAAUAUUAAAAACAUAGUUGUCUGAUGUGUAUUGUUUAUUUAAGAUCUUGAAAUAGUAGGACUGGAAGGGCUCCUUAAAUUUUUACUAAUGCUCUAUGUAGUAGGACAUAGAGGUGUUUCUUACAGAAGCUUUUAUCUAACAAGUCCCUAAAUUUCUUCCACUUCAUCUCCAAUCUUCUAACACAUACAUGCGUGCACCCUUACACACACACACACACACACACACACACACACACACACAUACCACACCUUUCAUCAGAAGAUGGUAUUGGAAAGUAAAGAAACAGAAAAAUAUUGGUAAACAUUGGCUCUAACCUAAACAAUCUUGCCUUCUUUAGACAGACCAUGAUACCAUUCUCAAGAAAUAGGAAUUCCUUGUUUUCAAAGAUCUCUGGGGAGAGAUACCCCAUAAUAAAUGGGAAGAUUUAGCAGUCCUUGAAAGGAAAAUUCUUCUUGCAACAAAUCAUUUGUCAUAGGUCUUGAAUCCCAAAAUUGUGUAUUGUGAAGGGUACUACAACACAUACUGAGUAUAAAGAGGAGGCUACCUCAUGGGUCCUACAUGUUGCACUUUUUUGAAGCAUUCUAUUACUGUACUUCAUGUAUUUAUAAACAGUGAGUGCUCCAGUGGUAACUCAUGUCCAACUCAUUAUCAAGUAUAUUUUCAGGUGAUUCUAGAUAUUCCGGUCUUGAAUGAUGGAGUGAAGGUAACAGAUUUUACCCAUCCACCUUUGAACAGUGCUCUUUGUCACCAUAUAUAUUUAGCAAAGUUAUUUUCUAUCUCAUUUGGAUUCU